AUGGAGAAGUUUUUUGCCAACACCAAUAAUAACAAUAAUAAUAACAAUAACAACAACAAUAAUAAUAAUAAUAAUAACGAUGGUGAUGGUGGUGGUGACGACCUUGGCAAGAGGUCAAUACUGAUAUUUCAUUGUGAGUUCUCGUCUGAGAGAGCGCCAAAAUUGAUGCGUUUCCUACGAAACUUCGACAGAACUGAAAACCAAUCGCGCUAUCCGAAACUUUUCUACCCCGAACUCUACCUCUUAGAGGGUGGGUACUCCCUAUUCUACAGGCACCACCCCCACCAUUGUGACCCUCCCAAUUACGUCACCAUGCUUGACCCCGCCUACGUCACCCAGCUGAUGACGUCACAGGCCAAGUGCAGAUCGAUCGAGGACGAAAUUAGUAAAAAUAUGCUGAGGAGGCGGGUGACCGGAAAUGCCAACUAA